AUGUCCGCCGUCAAGGCUCGCGGGACUGCGCAGAAGGCUGCGACGCCUUCCAGUCGAGGGAAGAACGUCAAGGGCGGGAAAGUCACGAAUAAGUACACGAUCAACUGCUCCCAACCCGUCAGCGACAAGAUCUUCGACCUCGGCGCGUUCGAAAAGUUCCUGCACGACCGCAUCAAGGUCGAGGGCCGGACGGGCAACCUCGGCGACAACAUCGACAUCAAGCAGGUCGGCGAUGGCAAGAUCGAGGUCGUCACCCACAUUCCGUUCUCGGGCCGCUAUCUGAAGUAUCUGACCAAGAAAUUCCUCAAGAAACAACAGCUCCGCGACUGGUUGCGCGUGGUUUCUACCUCAAAGGGCGUCUACGAACUGCGCUUCUUCAAUGUCGUCAACGACGAGGGCGACGACGAUGACGAGUAG